AGUUGGCACGAGAUAAACUAAUAUUGUAACCUGGAACUACAAGAAGGCCUGCAGCAACAUAUUAAUAUAUUCGAAUGCCGUUGCCUUGUCUUUAGAAUCGACACAACCAGCACCCUAUAUAUAGUCCCUAGAAGCACAAAUAUCUCAUCCAACUCAUAUUUAGUUAAUCAGGUUUCAACAAUGGCCUCCAGAACUUCCAGCCUCAGAUUCCUCUUACUAUUAAUUUUUUCAUUUGCCAUUGUUCAAAUGGCAAUGGCCGGAGACCCGGACAUUAUUACUGACUUCAUAGUGCCUCCAAAUGAAAAUGGAACAUUAGAUGGAAACUUCUUUACAUACACUGGCUUUCGUGCCCUUGUUGGAGCCGAUCCUCCCACAGCCUUCAAGGUUAUGAAGGCAUCCUUGGCUGAAUUCCCUGCUCUUAAUGGGCAGAGUGUUUCGUAUGCCGUCCUUCAGUUCCCAAAUGGCACUACCAACCCACCACACACUCAUCCUCGCUCUGCUGAGCUAUUUUUCCUCAUUGGCGGUACCCUUGAAGUCGGUUUCGUUGACACCAAAAACAACCUCUUUACGCAGACGCUUCAGACAGGUGAUCUGUUUGUGUUUCCCAAGGGACUUGCACACUUCCAGUACAACGCUGAUGCAGAAAACCCAGCCAUAGCAAUUUCUGCAUUUGGAAGUGCAAAUGCAGGAACUGUAUCAAUCCCCUCCACCUUGUUCACCACCGGCAUCGACGACAAUGUGUUGGCUAUCUCCUUCAAGACUGAUGUUGGCACCAUUCAGAAGCUCAAGGCCGGUCUUGCUCCCAAGCCGUCAAGAUAGUCGCAUAACCAAAGAGUCGAUGACCAGUAUUUCAUUGUUUGUUGAAUAAUUACCAAUAAUGUGUUCAAAGGGUGUGCCAUUAACCCGUAUUACAUUGUUUGCCAUAAAUAAUUUAUUGUCGACUAUAUGUUUAUUA